CAUCAUCGCCCAGCACUUCUCUCCCCUCCCCUCUCCUCUCUCCUCACCCAUACAGCAUACCGCCAGACCUGGCCGGCCCAGCUGGUCUGCUUGCCCUUUGGUCGUCUCGUGUCCUUAUAGUCCAGCCGUGGGAACUUAGAAUCCUCCGCUACUACGAACCGCCAUCGUCGCCUUCUUCGUCCCCGUCGCCACCUCACUCGUACGUGAGAACUUGGGACAAGCUGGGAUAAGAGAAACUGUACACCGAAAAGAGGAAAAGGAAGAAGGCAAGAAAAAGACGAGAUGUCCCGCAAAGGCGUCGGCCUCGCGGCCUUCGACCGGUCGCGCCUGACCUCGGCGCAGUUCGCCUCGCACGGCAGCUCGCUGCGCAGCAACGACGCGCAGGCGCUCGAGACGCAGCUCUCGGUGUUCCGGUCGCUGCUGCAGCAGUUCGCGCAGACGCACGCCAAGGACAUCCGGUCGGACCCGUCGUUCCGCGCGCAGUUCGCGCGCAUGUGCGCCGCCAUCGGCGUCGACCCCCUGGCCUCGUCCUCCUCGUCAUCGGGCGGCGGCGUGGGGGGCAGCAUGUGGGCCCAGCUGCUCGGCCGCAGCGUCAACGACUUCUACUUCGAGCUCGCCGUGCGCGUCGUCGAGGUCUGCGGCGCCACCCGCACCGAGAACGGCGGCCUCAUCGGCGUCCGCGAGGUCCGCGAGAAGGUCAUGCGCGGCCGCAUGGAGGGCGCCCCCGAGAUCACCGACGACGACGUCCUCCGCGCCGUUGGCACGCUGAAACCGCUGGGCUCGAGCCACGCCAUCGUUCGCGUGGGCAACAAGCCGUACAUCCGGUCGGUGCCGAGGGAGCUCAGCACGGACCAGAGCGCGGCGCUCGAGGCGGCGCAGGUGCUCGGCUACGUGACGGCGUCGAUGCUCAUGGCGAGCCUCGGGUGGGCCCGCGCCCGCGCCCGCACCGCCGUCGACGACCUCCUCGCCAGCGGCAUGCUCUGGGUCGACAAGCAGGCCCCGGACGAGUGGGAGUACUGGAGCCCCGGUUUCAUCAUGACUGACCUCGACGCCGCCCCUGCCGCUGCUGCCGCUGCCGCUACCGGGUGAGGACCACCAUUCGGCGUCGCGAUAAGAAAGGCAGAUGAUCGUGGAAUCGGCCGCCGGCGGAGCAGAGCCGGAUUGACUGCCUGAGACGGGCCGGGUUGGCUGACUUGCGACUCUUGUAUGCCCGUUUAAUACGGAUCACCCCAGCAAGGGACGCACAGCACAAUUCCAGUCCCCUACCUCGCACGCCACCCCCGAGGAACGAGACCUGGAGACAUAUUAUGUAAUUGGAAGGUGUC